AGCUAUAGCAACACAGUUCACAGUUAUCUGAACCGUUUUCAUUUAGGCGAAAGCUAACCCUACUUGAAUAACCAUCGGUAUGAAAUAGUAACAUUUCACAAUGAGUACAGGGAAUCCGGAACUGACGAAAGAAACGCACAACAAUAGUGCACUGGAGCAGGAGGAUGGGAGCGAGGAUUUUCAUGAUUCUAUCACGAAUGAUUCCGCCAAUGAUUCCCCCGAGAGUCUUGUCAAAGCACAGUCACAAAACGUGGAAGAUUCGGUGGAACCAGAACCGGAUCAAGAGGAGCAGUUUUAUGACGUAACUACUGGUUUAGAACAUUGCAAAAUUGAUGAUGUGCCACCACAAGAUAAAGCUGAAUGCUCUGGAAAUCCACUUGAGGAUUCUUCUCUAACGGAUGAUGACAUUGAAGUAAUAUGUGAGUAUAUGUCUCCUGAUGUGGCCACAGAUUUCAAAGCUGACAUUGAAGCAGUGGCAAAUGCAAUGAAAACUAAAACAGAAGAUGAUUAUAAAAUUGACGACAUUGAAAGCGCUCCUAAGCAACAAACACCAGAGGCUGCACCUGAGUCAGACCAAAUUCAAAAUGGCGACGUUAAUUUACAAAUACCACCACCCAUCAUGUUUUGGCCUCCAGAAUGUUAUAUUUCACCGUCAGAGAUGCCUCGGAAUUGCCCGAUACCAGACCCAAACUACUUUAAUCCCUCCUUGAUGUUUCAACAACCUCCUCCAGAUCAGGUCUUUCCGCCACAUAUGUUGGAAUCGCAAGUCCUCCAAGAACAGGAAUUGGCCAAAGCUAAAACAUGUGAACAGAUCGAAAGUGGCUACUUUCCCUAUUCUUCUGGCGAACCUCAGUCUCCAGCGUGCUCAAGCUACACGCCGUCCUUACCCUACAGCCCAUACCCGAAUGCAUUCAACGGACAAUUCCCUGUGGGUGCGUUCGAUGAUAUGAGUGGUUGUGAUUAUUCAGGAGAACCAUCUCCCUUCGUCUACCCAUCAAUCUACGUGUCCACAUCCGGUCUCAUGACAGUCCUUCUGAAAAACGACACUUCUGUUGAGAUGACAGCAGACAGAACCGUGCGCAUCGUCAGCCACAGAAGUAAGAUGGCCGUGGCGUCCAGUGCACGUGGCAAUAUGAGUGUUUUGUUCCACCCGUCUGUCAAGAUAUUUCAAGAUGGAGGCACUACCAGCGUUCAGAUCAAUGAUGUAAAGGCCAAAAUGGCGACAGAUGACAUAUGGUUCGCGAAUGAACGCAGUUCCUUUAAAUUCGAUACCAACAUGAUUGAACCUGACACUACCACUUUCAGACAAAUGUCAGAGGACGAGUCAGUGAAUCUUCUUUUCUCGGCCGAUACAUUUGGCGAGAAACAUGUCUCACAGUGUCUUGACGCGGCGUCUCAGGCGGAGUACGAAAAUUUACCCAAGGGUGGAGUUCAAAUCCGUAUCAACAACGUCAAGAUCACCCAAAGUGGACGUGGUGAUGUGAUCGUAGUCACGGGGCCGAAGUAUCUGAAGAUGUCGCCAAAUGUGGGUAUCAUCCGAGUAAAUACUCACUACAUUGAGGUCGCAGUGGAGAAGGACUUGAGUACUCGAAUUAGAAGAGGGGGGCACACUUUAACUGCAAGCGAGGGACAGGUGAUGCUGUCUAAUGGCAGGAUCGAGGCGGGGUUUGAUGAACACAGCCGCCUGAAGGUGUUGUCCCUACCUGGACGCUCCCCCCUCGAACUCGGGGAAAGGCGACCUCGGAAACACACAGGAUCACCAAGACGAGCAACUGCCUUAGGUGGAAUGUUCUAAGAGACAUAAUUUGUGGUUGACAGUUUACUUACGUUAUAUAUUGGAGCUUUUUUAUUCGUUUAAAUAAGGAGCUACAUGAGACUUGUCAGCUAUAAUGUUAUUUAUAUGGAAAUAUAUGUUUGAAAUGCAAAUUAUUAAAUUUAGAGUGAGAUUCUAUAAAUGUUCUGUUAGCGCACAGGGAUUUUAGCGCUACGACUACCAUAUGGUAUCAAACCUAUAUACAGAAAGGGACCCUGGGGUCCGUUCCACAAAGCGAUCAUAGCGCUAAGGCGAUCCUAACUCUACACUUUAACAUAUAGACAUACGACUGUCGAAGCGCUACGAUCGCUUUGUGGAUCGGGGCCCUGGACCCACAUGCACAAUGAGACCUUUACGGUACACAGCAGUUGUAAGUCUAUCUAUACACGUUAGGUGUACUACGACGGCAGUUUCAGAAGCCGUCGUUUUAAAAGUGUCGUAAAUCCUUGAAUAAACGCCCGACGUUUUUUUAUAUUAUUUUGCAAGGUCCCGUGGACAGUUAAUACAGCGAUGCUUACAUAUAAUACAGGCGUUUAUUAUAAGGCAGAGGGUCCAGCGUUUUUUCAAGGAUUUACGGUAACGAUAGUUCGUAGCGCUUAGAUCGAUGUGUUCAAGUUAACGUUACAUGUAGUACAUGUGUUGAAUGGUAUACAAUAUUCAACGGAGAUCGGACCGUUUAAACCAUUCCGUUCUAUAGCAAGCCAUUAUCAUCAACAUUUUGUACAUAGGUUUCGGUGAAAUGCAGUCUGCGAGUUACCAUUGAUACGGAGACCUUGAUAUGUGAGGUGUAAGGUUUAUAAAGUUUGUUUUUGAAAUUGA